AUGAUUUCUUCAGCUUCGACUCUUUUCAUCGCCUCCCUGGUUUUCAACGCAGCCUCCGUCCUUGGUGCCCCGAUCAGGAUUCCCGAUGCCGGCUCUCAGGUUACCGCCCGCACUGAUAUUCCGGUGCAGCCCGCUCCGCCUGUCAUCGUCGAUCUGCAAGCCGGACACCGCAAGCGUUCUCGGGUGGUUGCCAUCCCCCGAGCUCGUUUUGUUGCAGAACGCGGCCUUGCUCCUGUAACGGAAGCCAUCGAAACUCGCCAACCGCUCGACAUCGCUGUCCCCGCCGUCGAGAAGCGUGACGAGGAGCCAACUAUUCAACGCCGCUACCCUCGCAGGGUCUACCAUGACUUCUACGAGAAGCGCGAACCUGCAACGACAGUCAAGGAAAGCACCCUCAUGAUCACGAAGACCACCGUCCAUGACUCCCCCGCCGACGCUGCCGCUUACGGCGUUCACCAACCCGUCCAUCCCGGCACGGGCGCAGGGGCAUUCCCGCACGCUAUUCCCGGUGCUCCUGUUGAUCCCCAUGUUCCCGCCAAUCCCCAGGCGACGGAUGUGACCACCCUCAUCUCCGUAUCUCAUACCACCACUCUAGCGGCAUCUGAUGCCCCUGCUGCUACGGCCACCCCUCCCGCAGGUGGUGAUGCCCCCGCCGUGCCAGCCGGUGGUGACCCCGUUGCCACUGCUACCACAAGCACCAGCGCCGACACCCCAGCCGCAACUCCAGCGCCCCCAGCUGGUGGUGACGCUCCCCCUCCUCCAGCCGGCGGUGACGCACCUGCUCCCCCUGCUGGUGGAGAUGCAUCCGCAUCUGCCACGACCACCUCAAGCGUCAGCGAUCCCACUCAAACCCCUGACGCUGGUGCAGGUGCCGCCGACCCUGCGACUCCUCCCGCUGGAGGUGCGGAGAACGGUGGUGACGACAAGCCUGCUGGAGGUGAUGACAAGCCUGCUGGUAGUGAUGAUGCCGCGGCAACCACGACAUCUGAUGCUUCCCCGGCCGCCACCCCAGCAGCAGGAGAUGACGCGACCGCCGCCGGCUUCACAGCUGGUGGAGCGCGUCGUGCCGUAAAGGUAUCGACGGAGCCAGUCGCUCGACGAAUGACCUACAGUGGUGCUGCAUGGGCGUCUUCAAUUCGGCGAUCCUUAGUCAACAGCAAUUAA